AUGUCCACUGCCGUUGCCAAUAGCUUGCCAAAACCUCCAACCAAACGUUUCAUCAAGGGUCCUGAUAGAAAUGCCAAAGAUGCCAAGAUCACCGAAUUGAAGGACAAGAUCAAGGAAGUCGACUACAAGUUGUCCAAGGUCAACGAAACCAUCUCCAAAUUCAAGACCGACGAUGCCACCAACGAUAAGCGUAAGCAAUUGCAAAACGAAUUGAACGAAAUCAUCAAGGUCCAAGGCGGUUUGAAAAACAAGAGAACUGUGAUCAAUGACAAAAUCAAGGUUGUCGACGCCGGUUUGAAGAAGAAGAUUGCCGAUAUGAAUGGUCAAACUUCCAAGAUCCAUUUCAAGUCUGUCGGGGAAAUCGACAAGCAAAUCCAAAAAUUGGACGACGCCAUUGCCAGUGGUAACUUGAAGAUCGUCGAAGAAAGAAGAAACGUCAAGGAAAUCUCCGCUUUGAGAAAGUUGAGAAAAGAUUUUGGUAAAGUCGAAGUUGCCCAAAAGCAAAUCGAUGAUGAUAAGGCCAAGAUUGCCGCUUUAAAGAAAGAAUUGACCAGUUUCAACAACAAGGAAAUCCAAGUUAAAUUUGAAAGCAUUUCCAAAGAAUUGGAUGAGAUCAGAUCUUCUAGCAAAUCCGUCAACGACAAGAAGAAGACCCAUUUUGAUCAAAGAGGCGCUUUGCAAAAAGAGAAAAACGUCCUUUACGAUGAAAUGAGAAAGAUCAGAAACGACUACCAAGAAGCUUACGACAAAUUCAAGAAGGACAUGGCUGCCGAAAAAGAACGUAUCAGAAGUGACGAAGAAGCUUACUUGAAACAACAAGAAAAGGUCAAGCGUGAACAAGAAUUAAAACAAGAAUUGCAAGCCGCUUCCAAACCAGCUUUUGCUACUCAAAUCAGCUCCAUCAAGGUCUUGAUCAGAUACUUUUCCAAAUUCACCAACCAACCAAUUCCAGAAGUCAUUGUCAAGGAUGAUGAAUCAUCGGUGGCCAAUUCUUUCAACACCUUGAGCUUGAAGCCAACUGCUGUUUCUAAUGCCAGAGUGGUUGCUAGACCAGAAAACUAUGUGGUUGUCAAGAAAGAACAAGAAGUUUUCUUCCAAGGUACCAAGGGUAAGAGUAAGAAGAACAAGAAGAGUCACCAAGAUGACAAGUUUGUCAUUGAACCAGAUGUGAUUGUUCAAUUGUCUGAAUUAGGUCUUAUGGUCCCAACUUCUAAGGAAGGUAUUCAAAAGGUUGUCGAUGAAUUGUUGGAACAAUUCAACAUCUUCAAGAAAGACCAAGAUGAAGUCACCAAGAAGAACGUUGCCAAGGCCCAAGCUAAGAUUGCUGCUUUUGAAAAGAAAUUUGCCGAAGAUGGUGAAGUUGAAGUUGAAGAAGAAGACGAAGAAGAAGAAGAAGAAGAAGAAGAAGAAGAAGAAGAAGAAGAAAACUAA